GGGCACGCAGCAUGGUUCACUCCAGCAUGGGGGCUCCAGAAAUAAGAAUGUCUAAGCCUCUGGAGGCCGAGAAGCAAGGUUUGGACUCCCCAUCAGAGCAUGCAGACACUGAAAGAAAUGGACCAGACACUAACCAUCAGAACCCCCAGAAUAAGACCUCCUUAUUCUCCGUGUCCCCAACCGGCCCCAGCACCAAGAUCAAGGCUGAAGACCCCAGUGGUGACUCAACCCCAGCAGCACCCCCGCCCCCCCAGCCGGCUCAGCCUCAUCUGCCCCAGGCCCAACUCAUGCUGACGGGCAGCCAGCUAGCUGGGGACAUACAGCAGCUUCUGCAGCUCCAGCAGCUGGUGCUCGUACCAGGACACCACCUCCAGCCACCUGCUCAGUUCCUGCUGCCACAGGCCCAGCAGACCCAGCCAGGCCUGCUACCUACGCCAAAUCUAUUCCAGCUACCUCAGCAAACCCAGGGGGCUCUUCUGACCUCCCAGCCCCGGGCCGGGCUUCCUACACAGCCCCCAAAAUGCUUGGAGCCACCGUCUCAUCCCGAGGAGCCCAGCGACCUGGAGGAGUUGGAGCAGUUUGCCCGCACCUUCAAGCAACGCCGCAUCAAGCUGGGCUUCACACAGGGUGAUGUGGGUCUGGCCAUGGGCAAGCUGUACGGCAAUGACUUUAGUCAGACGACCAUCUCCCGCUUUGAGGCCCUCAAUUUGAGCUUUAAGAACAUGUGCAAACUCAAGCCCCUCCUGGAGAAGUGGCUCAAUGAUGCAGAGACUAUGUCUGUGGACUCCAGUCUGCCCAGCCCCAACCAGUUGAGCAGUCCUAAUCUAGGUUUCGAUGGGCUGCCCGGCCGGAGACGCAAGAAAAGGACCAGCAUUGAGACAAACGUUCGCUUCGCCUUAGAGAAGAGUUUUCUAGCGAACCAGAAGCCUACCUCAGAGGAGAUUCUGCUGAUCGCUGAGCAGCUGCACAUGGAGAAGGAAGUAAUCCGUGUCUGGUUCUGCAACCGGCGCCAGAAGGAGAAGCGCAUCAACCCCUGCAGCGCGGCCCCCAUGCUGCCCAGCCCGGGGAAGCCGGCCAGCUACAGCCCCCACCUGGUCACACCCCAAGGGGGCGCGGGGACCUUGCCGCUGUCCCAAGCUUCCAGCAGUCUGAGCACAACAGUUACUACCUUAUCCUCAGCUGUGGGGCCGCUCCACCCCAGCCGGACAGCCGGAGGGGGUGGGGGCGGGGGCGGGGCCGCGCCCCCUCUCAAUUCCAUCCCCUCUGUCACUCCCCCACCCCCGGCCAUCACCAACAGCACAAAUCCCAGCCCUCAAGGCAGCCACUCGGCAAUCAGCUUGUCAGGCCUGAACCCCAGCACGGGCCCUGGCCUCUGGUGGGACCCUGCCCCUUACCAGCCUUGACGGCAGCGGGAACUUGGUGCUGGGGGCUGCUGGAGCGACCCCCGGGAGCCCGGGCCUGGUGACCUCACCGCUCUUCCUGAACCACGCAGGGUUACCCCUGCUCAGCGCCCCGCCUGGCGUGGGCCUGGUCUCAGCGGCUGCGGCGGCUGUGGCGGCCUCUAUCUCCAGCAAGUCUCCUGGUCUCUCCUCUUCGUCCUCCUCGUCCUCCUCGUCCUCCUCAUCGUCCUCCUCGUCCACUUGCAGCGAGGUGGCAGCACAGACCCCCGGAGGUCCAGGGGGUCCCGAGGCUGGGUCCAAGCCUGAGUGAGAGCCCGCCUGGCCUCCCCUCCUCCUCCUCCGACCCCCAUUUGCCGCCCCACCUCCCACCUGGGAAGAGGGUGAGGAGGCCAGCGGUGGGGGCACAGAGGGUCCUAAGAACAGGAGGAAUGACAAGGGAGGAAAAGACCAAAAAACAACAACAACAACAAAAAAAACCCAACCAACCAAAAAAAAAAAAAAAGAAAAGAAACCAACAAAAUAGAAAACCAAAAAUAAUCACACCAGAAGCCAGCUGCCCCAAAGGAACCACCAGAGGUGAAAAA